GAAAACGUGUACCUUCCCCCCGCCUCCUCGAAGAAAAGCCCCGAAGUACCCAGCUAUCAUCCAUGCCUAAUAGUCCAAGACUCUCAAACUGACCUAGCAAAAGUGAAACCGUGCGGUUGUGCAGAUGCGUAUUGUGUUAAGAAUGCUCCACUGUGGAUACCUAGAGCCAAACAUUGA